AUGGUGUUUUGGCAGUUGCCUGUUCCGACGAUUCCGGCUCCCAAGUUAUUGCCAGAUGACAUUAUGAGUGUGGAGGUGGCAGUGGAAGGGAUGAGCGUGUGGAGAUCGAUCACCAGCAGUUGAAGGGGAGCGUUGGAGAAGGUGCCGGUUGCUCUGAGAAAGCAAUGGAAUGAUGGUAAUGUGAAAUUGCAGCCUUUUUAUACUGUUUUUUUGUGCGUGUACUAAUUUUUUCCUUUCUUUAUGCAAAUUUUUGGGAAAUUUUUUGAAAUUGGGGAAUUUUCAUCAUUUUUACUUAUUUUUCUUUUUUCAUUAUUUUUAUUUGAUAUUUCGUGUUUAAGCGGUGGUUUUUGUUGGUAAUUUUUUUGUUAUUUUUACUUCAAAAUUUUAAUUUACAGCUUAAAACCCUUAAAAAAUGAAGUUUUUUUAAAUCUUUUUGCAAUAAUAUUUUUAGGGUUUGAUUGGAAGUUAAGUGUUCCAUCGCUUCGACAAGUUCAACACCAAGUACAAUCCAGUAGGUCAGAGUUCUCCACCUCGUCUGGAACAAUAAUCGUGGAGCCGGAAAGGAGAGGUGACAGAACGCCAGGAACUGAAAGUUUGAUUAGUAAAAGGUUUGCACUUUCAAGCGAAAGCUUGUUGCAGGUAAGUUCGUUUUUUUUGAAAUUUUAGAUAUUUUUUUUUAUUUAUAUUAUUUAAAUUAAAAAUUUUUAAAUUUCAGGGCAAGUCGGACUCUUCGAAUGCCACAAAUACAUCCAAUUCAACCGCAACGAACACAAGCACGCACUUUUAAAUGUGAACAGUGCUCCAAGAGGACCACCGGUAGCGGGACAGGAAUCUCAACCAGAAAUGGUACCGGUUCUUGGCGGUAAACAUCCACAAUAUAGGACAUUGCCGUGAGUUAUUGAAGUAUUUAGGGGUGAGAAACGGGCCGUCUAGGCCCGGCCCGACCUACGAUCGGGCCGGGCCGGGCCGGCCUUGAGCUAAAAUUGAAACGGGCCGCGCCCAAAGAUUAGGCCCGGCCCGCGGGCCGGGCUUGAAAAUUUGGCCCGGGCCCGAAAAAAAAAUUUUUUAAUUUUUUAAAAUUUUUUAUUUCAAUUCCCGUUUAUGUUUUUCGAUUUUAUUGGAUUCUAUGCUCCAUAAAUGACCUAAAAAAACAAUUUAAAGCCAAAUUUCCGUUUAUUUUUUAAGUUUUAAAUUUUUUUAAAACGGACCGGGCCGGGCCUAGAAAUUUUCUGACCGGGCCGGGCCGGCCUGAGAGAAAAUUGAAAACGGGCCGGGCCUAAACGUUGGGCCCCGGGCCUGGGCCGGGCCCAAAAAGUGGGCCCGGCCCGGCCCGUUUCUCACCCCUAGAAGUAUUAGGUUAUGUAAAGAAAAUUUUUGUCAUUUCUUGCUUUGUAAAGAAUUUUCUUAGCAUUUUUGGAAUUUGUAAAGAAAGUUUUGUCUUUUUUAUUGAAAAAAGAUUAUUUUUAGAAAAACAAGCAAACCCUUGAGAAAGCAUGAAGAUGAUGUUGAUGAAGCCAGUAAAAGCAUAAAACCGCCAAAGACAGAAGUAAAGAAGAAAAAAACAAAAGAAAAAGAGAAGAGGGAUUCUAGACGGUAGGGUUUUAUCUAUAAUUUUGUAGUUUUUGAAGAAAAAUUAAUGAUUUCAGGCUUUUAUGGGGAUAAAAUUUGGAUAUUUUAGGUAUAGGUCUUGGAAAAGCGAAAUUUUUGAACAUAUUGGAAAAUUUUUAAAAAAGUUGUACACGCAGUUUUAUAAAGCAUAAAUAGCUGUAUAAUAUGCCAGAGUUUUGUAAUUUUGUUUAUAUUACUCUAAACAAAAAGUUAUGGUGCUUCGAAGUUUAAAAAAGUCUAAAUUUUCCAAGAGAAAUCGAACUUUUUUUGAUUUGCGACCUUUUUGGACGAUAAGUAGAAUAUAAGCUGCUCUAACAGAUCUAUUAAUCAGAUUUUUUGAAAAAUGUCAUAAUUUUUAAAAAUUUUUAUUUUUUAGGCCAAAAUCCACCUCGUCUGGAACAGUAAUGGUGGAGCCGGAAAGGAGAGGUGACAGAACGCCAGGAACUGAAAGAAAAGUCAACCGGUCGUUUUCCCCAUUUUCGACAAAUUUCCCAAAAAUUUGCAUAAAAAAAGGAAAAAAUUAG